AUGUUUGGUCCCGCAGGCCUUUACUCACGUCAGCAGGAUGAAUUAAAUGUUUUUCAGCGCAAUAAAGCAAGUAUGAUAAUAUCAUACUUCAGGAUAUACAUCUCAUAUUCUUUGUAUUUCUAAGUACCUCUAAAUAUCGGAAAAACCACAAAAUCCUUUCUUUCCUAAACCGGUUGGUACCGAAUCACACAGGAAACUGAUGAUCUGUUUGGUUCCACAGCUACUGUCGGCUAUAUUUGGAAGGACAGAGCUUCGCAGCGAGGAGCUGAGAUUUGUAAUGUGUACCUGUAGUACACAUUACAAAAUAGUUAUACUAAAUUUUUUGUAAUGAGGUAAUGAAGUAUGUGAUAAUGAAGUACAGAACUGCUAUAAACAUGAUUAACUAAUCAUAAUGUAUUUAUUUCAUUGAUAUUUCGACUCUACUCAUCUACAGACUGGACGUGUUUUUUGUUCUAUAUUUUAUUAUUUUUCCCCCUUUUUCCUUUUGCACUCUAUAUUUGACUAUGUAUAGUUUCAAAUUUGACACACUCAUUUACACUUUUUUUCAUUCUGAUGAUGACAGUGGAUUCUGUCGAAAUAUCAAUGAAAUAAAUACAUUAUGAUUAGUUAAUCAUGUUUAUAGCAGUUCUGUACUUCAUUACCUCAUUAUUUAAAUCAUUAACUGCUCUUUCUCCUAACUUUAAAUUUUUUGUGUUUACUUUCAGCAGUGAAUGUCACGCUUUCAAUAUUGUUUAUUUUAGAUAGCAGGACUUAGAUUUUUUAACAGCCUGUGAUAAAAUUUCAAUUUGUUAAUCUAUGAUUUUAGCCAAAUUUUAUCAAAAUCUUUCGUCUAAGUAAGCAGUCUCUUUAGAAAAGAGUCCUUGCAUUGUCAUUGAGUUCGAUGAUAAUCGUUCCUUAUCGGACUUCUGAUUCUUGAGUUUUGGAUAGAAUCAUCCAGCAGUAUUUUUCUGCAUUUCUUUGUAUAUCACCAUGAUAUAUGAUGUGAUAUACCAGUUUGUAUAUCGCCAUGACAUGGUGAUAUACAAAUUUUAAUCUUUUUUAGCUUUUUAUUGUUAUUCUCGAACUUUGGGCUGCUAGCAGGUUAGAUCAUUGGAAGACCUAUCGGAAUUGAUGACGAAUGUCGUGUUGAGAUAUCAUAUUCAUAGUUCAUAUGAAGACGACAUAGAUUUGGCUGGAGUUUUUUGCAGUCGAGUUGAAGAAAAAUGUUUUUUGCAAGUUACUUAUAAGCAUAAAGACAUGACUAAUUCGAAAAUAUCACUGCUAAGGUCUUUUCCGUUACCAAGAUAAGAGACAUUAAUUCGUAAAAACUGACUCUUAUUUAUUGCUCCGAAGGAGAGAUCCUUUGAUGAAAUUGAUUACUUAGGCAGCUGUAACUUUGUAAUUAAAUUCUGUGGCAGUUGUAAUUUUAUAGAAACGUCUUCCAUGGAUAGGGAGAGGGUCCAAAUGUUCCAAAUUUUGGACUUUUUCCAUUUUUAACCAUGUUGGGCUUCUCAUUUUUUUCACGAUUUCUACCAAUCAAAAAGUAAGCUCGCACUUGGCAACAUGUCUCUAUACUGUACCCGAGCUACUUAUGGUUAUUUUAUUCAUAAAGCUAUGAUUAUAAGUAGCCGGUAGAAAAGGUAGUUAUUUUACUGAUAAUGCCUCCUAUCUCGGUAACGGAAAAGACCUGAGCAGAGAUAUUUUCGAAUUAGUCAUGUCCUUAUGCUUAUAGCUAACUUGCAAAAAACAUUUUUCUUCAACUCGUCUGCUUCUUCUGACACAGAAAAACUCCAGUCAAAUCUAUUUCGACUCGAUAUGUUGGAGGUGUUAGCGAUACGCCGAUUGGAAGAAAAUUUUCGAAAAAUACGCGUUUUUUCGAAAAUUUAAAGAAAAAUUUCGUCUCCCACGCGCGCGAGCGAGAAGAAUUUUUCACGUCGCCGGUAAACCGUUUUUCGGCACACACUUCUGUUGAAAACGUUUUCGCGAAGGAUAAAUCAACUGCCACAUUUCUCGAUGACUUUAUUUCGUCAACUUAAGAUAAAUAGGGAUGGAAAGUUGGAAUUUUCAUCCGAAUGUGCUACUUUAAAAAUCGUGUGAAGGGUUUUGGAUCUGUACGAAAGGAGGAAAUCCUCUGGCCAGAGUUGGAACGGGUACUUGAUCGAUCGGUUGACCGGUACCAAUCCAAUCCGGUUGAAUUUUUCAAUCAGCCGGUUAACACCGGUUUUGUACCAGUUUAACCACACUUCAGGUUGCUGCCGAUUUCGAAUCACAAGCGAAAUAUGAAUACUGUACAACAAAAGUUCGAGAUGUCAAUUGGAAUCGUGUAAGGGAGCUUGAAAAAAGGCAGUAGACCCAAAAAUGAUCUAUUAAUUCGUAUUACAUUUGUCCUAUCACUUGCGAACUUCGGAUAUAAAUGAACACAGAUUAAAAUUUUCUUGCAUCAUUUUCUUUCCCAUUUCGAAAACAUUCGGCCGAAAAAAAUUUCCUUCUUCAUGAAAAAUUAGCCCGAAAAAAAAGUUUUUUUCUUCUUUGAAACGUGAAUAAUCUAUAUUCUUUUUCCCACUGAGUUUCUUACAUCAGCAGAAAUUAGUUCGGGAAUUUUUCUUCGUUAAAAGUUGAUUGUUCUACGCUCUCUUUCCUCUUGAGUCUCAUACGUUUAUUACUUCUGUAUGAAAAACACAGCCGUCCACAUACAGUAGACCUCCAUCAUUAAGUUACCGUUAUGUAUUUUCAAUGAUGAUGAUGAAUAUGAAUCUAAAAUAGGAUUAUUAUGCUAUAUACUUAUAUAUUGUGCAUUCCAAACAGUAUACAAAGUAUGUGAAAAGAAAAAACCCGCUAUUGCAAAUUGAGACCACCUUUUAAAUCUAAUUAAUAAGUAUAAAAACAGAAAAGAUCUCAAUCAUGAAGCAUCAAACAAAACAUUUCUUAUACAUAUUUUAAGAUAUCAUAAUGACAACAUUUUAUUUAGUUCUAUUGUUUAUGUAUUGUACUCUUCAGAAAUAUUUUCGAGCAAGUAAAGCAGAAUAGUGGAAAAAUAAAACGUCGUCUUUUACAUCGUCACUUUUUCUAGCACUAACAUAUAAUGCCAGAUCAUUUGAUCCUCCUAAACCAACUUGUUUAUAAACAAAUCUUUAUGGAUUCUGAUAAUUGACUAUGUGUGAAAUUCUUCGUUACAGUUAGAUUAACGUUAUGAAUUGACUUGUCGGAAAUUAGGUUGAUUUCUUAGUCUGUUAGCGGUAUAUGCUCUGAAGACGACAUUCCCCAGGUCCAAAAAAACGGCCCGUUAAUCUCCAGUAAACGGUCACACAAAAAACGGCGCGUUAACGUUAUGAAAACGGCAAAAAAACGCCCAGUGAACAAGUCGUUAACUUGCCGUUUUCAGUGUGGCCGUUUCACGGUCCAAAGAUCGUCUGAAAACGUCCAUGGUCAGAAAACGGUCAGUUAACGGUC